GGCGGCCGGGUGGGAGCGGGAGCACACGGCGGGGCCGGCAGCGUGCGCGGGUGGCGGGCUGGCUGGGCUCCGUCCCGCCGCGGGGCAGCAGGCGCCAUGCGGGUGGUGGCUCUCAUCAGUGGUGGGAAGGACAGCUGUUAUAAUAUGAUGCAAUGUGUUGCUGCUGGGCAUCAGAUUGUUGCUCUAGCCAAUUUAAGACCUGCUGAAAGCACAGGGCAGACUGAUGAAUUGGACAGCUAUAUGUAUCAGACAGUUGGACACCAUGCCAUUGAGCUCUACGCUGAUGCAUUGGAUUUGCCACUCUAUCGUUGUUUCAUUAAGGGUACCAGUGUAAAUACUGGAAGAGUGUAUACUGCAUGUCAGGAGGAUGAGGUUGAAGACCUUUACCACCUCUUGAAACUUGUUAAGGACAAAGAAGGAGUGGAGGCUGUAUCUGUGGGAGCUAUUCUUUCUGACUACCAGAGAGUUCGAGUUGAAGAUGUAUGCAGAAGGCUUAGUCUUCAGCCUUUAGCUUACCUUUGGCGUCGAAAGCAGGAGAUACUGCUUAAAGAAAUGAUAUCAUCUAAUGUUCAAGCCAUAAUCAUAAAAGUAGCGGCUUUUGGUUUAGAUCCAGAUAAGCAUCUAGGAAAAACAUUGGAUCAAAUGGAGCCUUAUCUUUUGGAGCUUUCUGAGAAAUACGGAGUCCACGUUUGCGGAGAAGGUGGAGAAUACGAAACAUUCACUCUGGACUGCCCUCUGUUUAGGAAGAAAAUUGUUGUAGAUUCAGCGAAGGUGGUUGUGCAUUCAGCUGAUGCAUUCGCACCUGUGGCCUACCUUCAUUUUUUAAAAUUGCACCUGGAGAAUAAGGGGGAGUCUUCAGAUAUGUUUAAGGUCAGUAGCUGUUCUUGUGACAUAACCUGCAAUGAUGGAGACAUUUUACCUUCAUCAGAAGUGGAGGAACCACAGAAAAUCAUUCCAAUCAUCUGGAAGUCUUUGAAGCAUAAUUCUUUGGAUUUCACUAAGACAUUUGGAAGCUCAGGAAAAUCCAUGAAUGGUUACCAGUGGUUUUCAGGUAUCACUGCACAUUUUCUUCCAUCAAAAGGCAAAACCACACAAGAGGCAGCAAGGGAAGCUUUUUCUUCUCUCCAAGCUAAUAUGACUUCAGUGGGAUUGAAACUAAAGGAUAUUAUUUUGGUUCAUCUGUAUGUGAAGAGCAUGAAAGAUUUCAAUGUUAUAAAUUCAAUUUAUGUGACAGAAUUUGAUUUGUGUCCACCAGCAAGAGUGUGUGUGGAAACCCUGUUACCUGAUGGAGUACUAUUUUGCAUUGAUUGCCUUGCACAUAGCAAUGACAUUGCAACAGAUGGCAUGUUAAGUGAUGAAAAACUGGUCUUGCAUGUACAGAGCAUUUCCCACUGGGCACCUGCUAGUAUAGGACCUUACAGUCAAUCCAUCAAGGUUGGAGAUGUUCUCUACUGCGCUGGACAGAUAGCUCUAGUACCUUGUACUAUGCAGCUUGUUAGUGGCAGCAUAUGGACAGAGGGUGUAGUUGCCCUCCGUCAUGUUGAGAGAGUCCUUCAAGCUAUGAGCCAGAAGACGGCACUCCAUCACGUCAUCACAGCAAGCUGCUAUGUAACUGACAGCAAGCACGUUCCUGUUGCUCAUUCUAUAUGGCAGAAGAAAUUAAGAGAAUGUAAAAAGGCUGAAGAUUCGGAGACAUAUAAUAAUGUAGCUGCAGAGUGUGGGAUGCUCACUGUGGUUGUUGUAUCUCAUUUACCCAAAGAUGCUGCCAUUGAAUGGCACGUUAUUGCUGUAGUUGAUGAUCCACUUCAAAGAAAACAUUUUGCAAUGAAGAUGUUAUCAGAGGGCUUCCAAAUUGAUUGUGAAUCUGUGGAGUCCAGUUCUGCAUCUUGUGCUUCAAUCUCUGUACGUCUAAGCUUGAUUUCACCAUCUGCUUCUCAGUUUGAUUUAGAUGGACCUCUUCAUGACUUAGUUUCUGUGUUUAGACAAGCAGUUGAGAAACUUUCAGAAGACUGCAAUGCAAGUCCUUUGUCUUUUAGAGCUUUCUUCAAGAAGGAUGUCUUUGAUGAUGGAGCACUACAAACAGGACUGCAAGAAAACCUUGAAAAAUACUUGGGCAAGAAGACCCCAGCUCUGAUUUUAGUCCCUGUGAUGGAUUUACCUGGCAAGGAAGUUAUUCAUGCAACGUGCUGGCUAAGCUAGCAGUCUAAAAGAGAUGAGCUGAUACCAAAACACACAUUCAUCCUGGAAAGAACAAAGAAAAGAAUUGAUCACAACUAUGUUGGAUACUUUCAUUAAGCAAUAUUGUUUGAUUUAAGCAAAGUCAUAUUUAGUUUGUUAAUGAUGCCUUAUGAUAUGUGACAGAGUCAGCUUUGUAUGAACAAUAAAGGUUUCUUUUCA